AUGACACCCUCCUCUCGAGAUUCUUUCUCAGGCCCUAAUGCUGAAUCGCAUCCUGAUAACUUGUCACAAAAUGGUAAGGCUAAAACAGGAACGAAGAAGGAUAGUCUAGAUAGCAUAGAAUUUCAAUCUUUCCUCAUAGACCAGUUGGCUAAAGUUCAGGAGCAAAAUGAGGACUUGCUGGCUAGAAUCAAACGUUUAGAAAAGGAACAGGAAGAGUUUUACAUCAGUGGUCAAAAAAAAAUGGAAACAGGAUUCAAAAACGUUAAAAAAUGUACUGAGGACGUCGCUGCAAUGAAAGAAGUAUUCAAGGAGAUCGUGGGAAUCAUGACUGGCGAAAGAGUCAGAUUUAUCGAUCAUGCACAGGAGAGUAUUACAGAUGGAGACGCUCAGCGAGUUUCAUCGUCAAGUUUGCUGGCGUCGAAUUCGAGGCAAGAAACUAGAGCAAGAGUUAGGCAGUCUAUUUCUGAUGUAGCUGCCCUGAACGGGAUUCCUGAAUUCAAAGUGGAAGAAUCAGAAGUUUAUUCGGGGUUUCUUUCUCCAGAUAUCUAUGACGAUACACGUCGAAGUAACAAUGGACAGCAGCGAGUAUUUGGAAUGGGCAGCAGUGAGCAAACUCAAAACAACGGUGGUGACUCUGAUGGAAAUGAGGAUGUUCAAAACAAUGAGACAAAUUCUCACGAUUUGUGGAUACCGACGGACUCCGGAGGUACUCCUCACGUUGAUAGCGCUACUAGUUUAUCGAUGGAUAGCAUACCAAACUACAGAAUGAACCGAGCCAUACAAAGUGUUCAUGACGUUGCACGUGAAUAUUUCGAAGGAUUUCCUGGAAGACCAUCUCUAAUGUUUUUGGAAAGGCGGUACGGUUCAACCUGGAGACGCAGUUCUAAAGAGAGAACAUUAUUUGCCAAGCGUAUGUGUAUUAUACACAAAAUCAAUGAUAUCAGGGACAAUCCGAAAAAGUACGAACUGCCAGAAAGAAUUCAUCGUAAUCAGGCUAUCAAAGUUGUAGAAAAUAUUCGGCUCGGAAAUAAUAACUUCAAAGGCCACAAUUGUAGACUGUCAAUAUCACAGCUAUACACCUAUUUUUCCAAAAAGAUGGAUACACUACAGGAUUAUUCUUUAGAACUCAAAAAGAGAGGUGAACCUAGAAGAAAUCAUCUAAUGAGGGAAAGAAUGGCACGUCUAGAACGGACAAAUGCUGGGUCUGAGUCAAUACCGACCAUAGCGAACCACUCAGAGUAA